CAUUUUCCCUCUUUUUCUUCUUCCUUUGGUAAGCCUGAAAGCUGUAGAAGCGAACUCCGAAGCGAAUAGCAUUCUCAUUAAUGGCGAUUGUGCGGUAGGCCACCAUUUUUUCAGCUUUCAAUUGUGCAAGUGAAGCUAUCGACUCAGGAAUGGAAGGUGGAGGAGGAAGAGAGCAGAGCUCGGCGCCACCUAAGCCCUCGAAGUUCACGGUGUAUCAAAACCCGGCUCUCUCCGCCGCAUUAACCUCCAAUAGCCUCCGCCCCUCCAUGUCCACCUUCCUGUUCCUCCUAUCGCUCUCCUCCGCCUCCGCCUUUGCCCUUCUCAGCGUCAUCUCUAGGGAAAAUGGAAUUGUUGAAAGUUUGAAAAUUGGAUACGCUUCUCAAGAAACUGCUCGUCUUUUUACCAAAGUGAUACAAAGCAUUGCCGGUUUUUUUUUAAUUGGAACUUUUCUUGCCCUUGUUAAGGCUAUUCUUCUUUGGAGAAAAAGGAAUACAACAGAAUUGAUGAUUACUUCUCCAGCUAAAGGAUCAAAGGAACAGAUGCGGCUGACUAAUCGACAACUAGGGCUUUUAGGAAUUAAACCAAAGGUUGAACAGGGCACAGUAGAAUCUUCAAAGAAACCUCCCAAGUCCAAAAUGACCUCUCCAUUAGAUGCCCUUGUCCCAGUUCAUCAGCCAAUUUCCAGUGCAAGCCGUUCAGCUAGACUGAGUAGUGAAAAAUCAAGUGCCAGUAGUGGGUCUAAAAUACAUACUUUCAGCACCCCAUCCAAGUCUCCUGCUUCCCAAUCUCUGAUUCUAGUCCCUACAUCUUCACAACCACCUUCUCUCCAGACUUCACCUUGGUCAAACAAGCGAGCUCCUUUUCACAAAGAGAUAAUGACAGAAGAAGAUCUUGAAAAGUUUUUGGUUGAUGUUGAUGAGAAAAUUUCUGAAUCGGCAAGUAAAUUGUCCACCCCACCACCCACGAUAAGUGGUUUUGGUGUAGUCAGUCCUGGUAACAUGCCCAGUUCAGCUAACACUUCUGGAACUCCUAGAAGUACUCCUUUGAGGCCUGUUAGGAUGUCCCCUGGUUCACAAAAGUUCACUACUCCUCCAAAAAAAGGGGAGGGUGAUCUACCUCCUCCCAUGUCAAUGAUAGAAUCUAUUGAAGCUUUUGAACAUCUUGGUAUAUAUCCACAGAUUGAACGAUGGCGUGACCAUCUUAGGCAGUGGUUUUCCACAAUGCUUCUCAAUCCCUUGCUUAACAAAAUUGAUACUAGUCACGUGAAGGUCAUGCAAUCAGCUGCUAAACUAGGAAUAACAAUUACUGUCAGUCAAGUGGGAAGUGAAAUCUCAAGUGCUGGAACUACUAUAGUCUGCACACCUGGGAUGACUAAUGAAUGGCAAUCCUCAUUCUCUCUUGAUGAAGAUGGACUUCUUCACCAACUGCGUGCCAGUCUUGUUCAAACCCUUGAUUCUUGCAUGUCAAAGUUGACUCCUAGCAAUUUGCAACAAUCCCCACAGCAGAGCACCUUAAUCCCUGUUGUGCAAGAGUGCAUCGAUGCUAUAACUGAGCAUCAGAGGCUUCUUACUUUGAUGAAAGGAGAAUGGGGAAAGGGCUUGCUUACCCAAGGUAGUGUUCGUGCAGAUUAUACUGUAAGGAGAAUUCGAGAGCUUGCUGAAGGGACAUGUGUGAAGAAGUAUGAGUAUCUGGGUGAAGUUUAUGACAAUUCAAACAAGAAGUGGAGUAGUGACCUUCCUACAGAUUCACAUCUGCUCCUAUAUUUGUUUUGUGCUUUCUUAGAACACCCUAAGUGGAUGCUACAUGUUGAUCCUACGGCUUAUGCUGGAUCUCAAUCAAGCAAGAACCCCUUAUUUCUGGGUGUUUUGCCUCCUAAAGAACGGUUUCCAGAAAAGUAUAUAGCUGUUGCUUCAGGUGUCCCCUCAGUGCUUCAUCCAGGAGCUUGCGUAUUGGCUGUUGGGAAGCAAAGCCCCCCAGUAUUUGCCUUGUUCUGGGACAAGAAGCCUCAGUUCUCUUUACAGGGAAGAACAGCAGUUUGGGACUCGGUAUUGCUUCUCUGCUACAAGAUAAAGGUUGGUUAUGGAGGGAUAGUUCGAGGCUUGCACCUUGGUUCAUCAGCAUUGGACAUUCUUUCAGUUCUAGAUCCGGAACCAGAAGAUUGACAAACUGAAAGGCAUUAGUUGUAAGAGUGCCAUGAUUUUGAUAGAGUAUCUGGCACGCAUAUGAAAUAUGAAUGCCCAGAGUGUUCAGUGUUGUAUUGUUUUAUAAUAGCCAAGUCAGACUAGACUCUUGUUUCUGAUAUCUUAAUAUCUUAAAAUUUGACUUGUUUCAAUGCACGUCAGGAUAUUGGGAAGGAAAAGUUCUAUAAUAACU